AAACUCUCCAACCAUAACGAGCUAAUGAACUACACGUCGUUGGGACUCCGAUCACGAAGUAACCUACCUUUCAGUCCCUUUAUCCAAUUGUCUUUUUAUUAGUCCCAAUUACUCCCAAAAACGACAGCAAAAGGCGAAUCAAAAUAGUCAAACACCAGAAAAAGCUCCUCGUUUUUUUUAUUACUUUUUUUUUGUCUCCCCUAUUUUAUGAACUAAAAGGAAACUGAACGGAGAAGCGGAAAAUUGAUUUUCUUCUAAAAGAUCGUCAAAAUUGAGAUCCAGAAAUUGAAAUUCUCUUCCUAUGUCUUAAAGGGCUGCAUUGGAUAACAGAUGGGCUCUAUUUCAUAAGUUUAAGCAAUGUUAUUUUCCAAUAUUUAGCAUUUGGGCCUCCAGCUGGUGUGCCAUCUCUCAUCAAGUGCUUAUGGAAGACUCCUUCUAUAAUCACACUCCUGGGAGUGGGUCAAAGUCUGCGGUGACAGCUGCUGUCACUACUAAAAAUGAAUCUAAAUGGCACUCCACUGCUUCUGGCUCAAAGUCUUUUGCAAAUAUAAGACAGAUUGAUCUGAUAAAAUAUGGGAAGCAGAGAAGGGGGAGUGGCAAUCAGUUAGUUUUCUUUCUGGUUAAAGUUGCUGCUUUGGAGACUGUGCGGAGGAUCUCGCAGUCCAAAUGUCCACUCGUAUGGUCUGGCCUGCAAGCUUUGCAAGUUGUGUGCUACCCCCCACUUAAGUGGAUGCAAAGGUGGAGUCCUUUUAGGGUUCUGGUUGACGGCAUGCAGAUGCUAUCGCGGCCACUGCUAGUGCUCUCUAUCGCUACAGCUUUUUCUGAUCAUUCAGAAUUCAAUAAUGAUACCUCAGAUAACACUCAAGUUUCCCCAGACACCAAUGCUGUGCGUUCUGAUUCAGAAUCUCAGCUACAAUUCUCGUCUGAGCAAUCUAUCCCAAGUGAAAGGGUUGGCAAUGAAGUUUCUCAAAGUCCGUCUUCCACAAGUUCUGCAAGCUGGUUGCAUCUGCUUUACAAAGAUCUGGAAAAGCAAGGAAUUCGUUUGCCAGAGAGAAUUGAUGAAGAGGAACUCCACCGAUAUUUUACGGCUGCAGAUGGAGAUUUUACUCGCUUACUUUCUUCAGUGAAGAAGACAAUUCGCUGGAGGGAGACUUACAGAAUUCUUUCCAGACAAGAACUAGAAGUGUGGUCAAAUAUGGUCUUUUGGCAUGGAUUUGAUAUGCAGCAUCGGCCAUGCCUCAUUGUCCGUCUUGGCUUAGCAUGCAUCAGCGUGCCAUCUCGUGACAGACCUUGUUUCGCUCAAGCAGUUGUAUCUCAGGUGGAGCAUGGGGUUCUUCAUUUGGUGGACCCUCAAAAUUCUCAAAUUACUGUUUUGGUAGACUGUGAAGGACUAUCUCCAUUGAGACUUCCCAUGCAAAUGCUGAGAUCCUGUUCUACUCUUUUGCAAGAUCACUUCCCCAACCGUUUAGGAUGCUUAUUCAUUAUACGCCUUCCACCUAUUGUUCGAGUUGUGGCACAAACCUUUGUGCAAGUUUUCAAACCGGUCACUCGGCAAAAACUGAAAUUUGAAGGAGAAAUGUACCAAAAGGUUCUUUCCGAGUGUUUGCAAACACUCCCGUCUGAUCUUGGUGGGCAGUGCACAUGCUCAGGAUGUGGUAGCUUUAGCGUUAGCGAGAUGCGUAAGACUCGCAUUUAUGAACAUCAAGGAAUGGUGACAACAGAAUCUAUUAACGAUACUCUGGAUUUAACAUCACCUAAUUCAGGUGAACGGACUGAAAUUCCGUCGAAUUACACCUGUGACCAGGUCUUAAGAAAGGCUGUGCUAGGUGUCCUUUUAUUCUGGGUUUUUGUUGCUUUAAUUGCUGGAGUAUAUGAUCCAGAAAGUCGUCCCAUUUUACCUCCUUGAGCUAUAUUACAAUUUUGUACUUGUCAUUGCACAUCUAUUCUUCUUGAAAAUAGUCUGUAACUAGUAUUGGCCACAGUUUGUGGCAAUUACCUGUCAACAUAUCUAGUAGAGUUGUGUACUGGAAUGGGAUGUUGGUUCUGUGAGCACGUGAUUUUUGCCACGCUUAAAUUACU